GUAGGUAUAUAGAGGGUGUGAGUGAGCGGAGGCAGACAGUGCGCACUGAGCGACCCAGGAAGAUGGAGGGUAAGGCUUAUCUCACCGAGGAAUCAUCUUACCAACGCCUCCAAGAUUAUUACAAUGCCAGUGGCAGCAAGAUUAAUAUCCUUAAGAUGUUCAACGAGGAUCCCGACAGGUUCAACAAAUACAGUGUUACCUUGGCAACCCCAGAUGAUGGCAGUAUUUUGUUUGACUACAGUAAAAAUCGCAUCAAUGAAGAAGUUUUUAAGCUUCUGAUGGAUUUGGCACGAGCUCGCAAGAUUGAGGCAUCUCGAGAUGCAAUGUUUUCAGGAGAGAAGAUUAAUUUUACUGAGGACAGGGCAGUGUUGCACAUAGCACUGCGUAACCGGUCUAAUAAUUCAAUAAUUGUCAAUGGAGAGGAUGUGAUGCCAGAAGUCAAUGCUGUUCUUGCUCAUAUGAAGGAUUUUUGUGAAAAGGUCAUAUCUGGUGCAUGGAAAGGUUAUACAGGAAAGGCCAUAACAGAUGUGGUCAAUAUUGGAAUUGGAGGCUCAGAUCUUGGUCCCUUGAUGGUAUCAGAGGCACUUAAACCCUAUGCUAUUGGACCCAACGUACACUUCGUUUCCAACAUAGAUGGCACACACAUGGCAAAGACUCUGAAAAUUUUGAAUGCUGAGACGACACUUUUUAUUAUUGCUUCAAAGACGUUCACAACUCAAGAAACCAUUACUAAUGCUACUUCUGCCAAGAACUGGUUCCUUUCAACUGCUAAAGAUGCUUCAGCUGUUGCCAAGCAUUUUGUGGCCCUCUCAACCAAUGGUCCUAAAGUGAAGGAUUUCGGAAUUGAUGAGGCUAACAUGUUUGGCUUCUGGGACUGGGUUGGUGGACGUUAUUCUUUGUGGUCUGCAAUUGGUCUGUCUAUAGCCUUGCAUGUAGGCUAUGACAAUUUUGAGAAGCUGCUGUCAGGAGCUCAUUUUAUGGACAAUCACUUUAAGACUGCUCCAUUGGAGAAAAAUAUCCCAGUAAUUAUGGCAAUGCUUGGUGUGUGGUAUCAUAACUUUUAUGGUGCUGAGACUCAUGCACUUCUACCAUAUGAUCAGUAUCUCCAUCGAUUUGCUGCUUACUUCCAACAAGGUGACAUGGAGUCGAACGGAAAGUAUGUAACACGUAGUGGCCGUACUGUGGAUUAUAAGACAGGCCCUAUUGUUUGGGGUGAGCCAGGUACCAAUGGCCAGCAUGCAUUUUAUCAGUUGAUUCAUCAGGGUACCCGUCUCAUCCCUGCUGACUUUAUUGCUCCAGCAAAGUCCCACAAUGCUAUUGCAGAUAAUGUCCAUCACAAGUUACUGCUGGCCAAUUUCCUUGCACAAACAGAAGCUCUAAUGAAGGGAAAGACCACAGAAGAAGCAAAAGCUGAACUGGAAAAGGCAAACUUGCCAGCUGAUAAGUUACAGCGCAUCUUGCCCCACAAAGUAUUUGAGGGCAACCGUCCCACCAACUCCAUCGUGGUCGAGCAAGUGACACCUUUUACGUUAGGGGCAUUGAUUGUUAUGUAUGAAAUGAAAAUUUUCACCCAAGGCGUAGUCUGGGACAUAAAUUCCUUUGAUCAGUGGGGUGUGGAACUCGGCAAGCAGCUGGCUAAAGCCAUCGAGCCAGAGCUACAGGACAAGACUCCUGUAUCAUCACAUGAUUCAUCUACCAAUGGAUUAAUCAACUUCAUCAAAAACCACCUCUAAUUGUUUGUUAUAUUAAAGUCUUUGAUUUGGUGAUAAUUAUUCUGGUCAUAAUAAUGCAUUGGAUUAUUGUUGUUAGUGUCUUAGACCAAUUUAAAAAUAUUAUUUGCUAUAGUGCCUGGUAUUACUUAGUCAUCAUAUGAGUACUGAAUGUAAAUUCUAGGCAUUCCAUUAAAACAAAGCACAUCCCCGACUGCCAUAAUUUGCCUGGUGAGAGGAAUGUAAUAGUAAUUAGUAAGGAAGUGAAAUUUCAUAUGUUAAUGAAGUGUCAGUGUUUUACUGGUACCUGUAUUGCAAUUUUCCUUUUUGCAUGUAAUACUCAGGUGGCAUUGGAAUAUUCUGUAAUAAAGAUCUGGAAUUAGUAAUCGGCACAUAUUGCAAGAUUGGUGAGCAUGAGCCUGUUCAGUGAAUAUAUAGUGUAGAUUAUUGUUUGGUGAAUAUUUUACGGAGGUGCAUAGAUGUCAAUUUGUGAAUAUAAUUAAUGCAAUACCUUUAGUUUAGUAAUUUUGUUAAAUAAGGGAUUAGUGAAUAUGGAUGUAUAUAUCUAAAAUAGAUUCGGCUUCAUGAAAUUAUUUUAAAUAGGCGAUCUCAAAUAUUUUAGUCUGGGUUUAGUGCUGAGUCUGAUUACAUUAUUAUUAUGAUUAUCAAAUAUUUUAGUAUUAAAAUUAUAUUUUUGAGUUCAUGUUAUUAAUACAAAUUAAAGUGUAAUAUUGCCA